AUGGCUUUCAGGCAGUCGGAGGACGAUGCACAAGAAGGUGCAACGCCGGUGACAAUGCAUCACGCCAACGUAGCCAAGAUCAUCCCUUCGCUGCCCCUGGAGAUCAGGUGGCCACCGUUCCGGCUCCGCCAUUACGCUGGCUUCUGGGUGCCAGAGGUAACAUUGAAGAUAGGCGUCCCGAACGUCCAUUCCAGGUUCCAGCCGAGACCCACCGACGUGUUCCUUGCAAGCUUCCCCAAGUCUGGAACCACUUGGCUUAAGGCCCUAGCCUUCGCAACGCUGAAGCGUUCCACACAUCCGCCGUGCAACGACGACCAUCCGCUGCGCCAUUGCGGCCCUCAUGACUGCGUCAAGUUCCUCGAAAUUGGUAUGAACACAGGGAAUGAGUUUGACGCGCUUCCUCCCCCCCGUGUGUUAGCUACGCACCUUCCCUACUCCCUGCUACCCAACAGCAUCACAGGUGAGCGCUCAGGGUGCCGGAUCGUAUACAUCUGCCGGGAACCCAAGGAUGCUCUGGUUUCUUACUGGUUGUUCACGAGGAAGGCGUCGCCGGCGUGGGGAGUUGAUGCGCAGUCAUUCACGAUCCAGGAGGCAUUCGAGCUAUUCUGCCAAGGCCGCUGUCCUGAUGGCCCCCAAUGGCAACAUGUCCUCCAGUACUGGGAGGAGAGCGUGAGGAGACCAGACAGCAGGGUGUUGUUCCUUAGGUACGAGGAGAUGCUCCUUGCGCCGGAGAGUCACGUCAAGAAGCUAGCUAGGUUCAUGGGCUGUGAAUUUUCCGAGGAGGAGGAGGAGGGCGGGGUUGUGAGCGUCAUCGUGGAGCUGUGUAGCCUGGCCAAGCUGAGGGACAUGGAGGUGAACAGAAAUGGAAGCACUAGGAUGGGGGUCAAGAACGAAAGCUUCUUCAGGAUGGGAGUUGCUGGGGACUGGAGCAAUCACAUGACGCCGGAGAUGGCACAGAGGCUAGACAAGAUUGUCGAGGAUGCAUUGCAAGGGACUGGAUUCACCUUUGCGAGCAAAGCAUGA